GGUUAAAAGGUCUUGAUUUGGGGCUCGACAGCAGUACCGAGUUGGUGGUCGGGACGAGAAAAACCAACCCAAGUGUGGACCCUUAAUGGACGACCGAAAUCCGAUUUCGCUUCGAUUUGGCGGUCAGUUCCGCCCGUGAAAAGUGUGUGUUUGUGGAGUGAUUUUUUUCCUGAUUUUUGAAAGAGAACAAAGGCCACCGGCGACGACUGUGGAGAAUUAAAUUGUGGUUUUCUCGCCAUUCACUCGACGUCGCGGUCAAAGGACGAACUUUACUAAAUGGGACUCCAUUUGGAACCUGCCACGGCUGCUGGCGCUACUGCUGCUGCUGCUUAUUGGAUUAUCGUAAAUUGAUUCGUGGCGGAUCUGGUCAACCCGGAGCCGACAAAGGGCUUCGUCGAGUGGGGGUGACUGAAAGUGUUACAUAAUUUUGCAGGAACAAAAAAAAGAACGAGCAAAAUCUGAGACAAAAGAGCUUGUCGAGUGUGGAAUCAGAAAAUCGAAAAUCAUCAAAAUAAUAAAAACCGAAGAAGAAAAAAGGGGAAAUCACUGUUUGAGGCCCCAGAUUGGUGUGAUAGAGUGUGGUUUUGUGACGUAAAGUGGAGUCCAGCAAAAAGAAAAGGGAGAUAAUCACGACGAUAAGCGGAGGUCGAUUUGUUGCAGCAGUGGAAAGUGCGAAAAUAGAAUUUGGCACUGACUGGCUCGGCAGUGCCAUCCGACUUUGUGUGGGUGGAAAACGGAUUAAAACUGAUUAGAGGGAAAAGUGGAGAGUUAGUGGGCAGAGAGAACCCGCACACGCCAUGGGGGUGAAAAUUGGUUUGAUGCUGAUAUGCUGCGUGGGACUGGUGAGCUCGGAAGCGAUCGCCAUCGAGCAGAUUCUGUCCCUGUGCUGCCAGGAGGGUGAGGAAUGGGGCACCCAGAAUCGGCUCUGCUCGAGCUUCAACAAAUCACUCGAGCUGGUCCCGGGUGAGCUGCGCGGGCUGUGCCUGUCGACGAUCGAAAUCUGCUGCUCGAAGCAGCACAAGAUUUAUCAGUGCACCGCCGGACAGAUUGCCGCCCGGCAGGGCCUCAGCUGCUCCCUGAAGGGCGACCACUCGGGGUCAGAGUUUUACACAGACUGCUGCGAGGCGUGCAAGAUUGGCCUGGUGGUCGGCUCCAGCUCGAGCAAGUGCUCGGUAGAUCCGUUCGCGUUCGGCAGCCCCUGGGACGAGGUGUACGACGGAUGCUGCAAAGACAUCAAGCAGGACACGUUCAUCCUGAACGAGGAUGACGAAAACAAUUUAUGCGGCCGCUUUGAUAAUCUGUGCUCGCAAAUCUGCGAGAACACGGUUGCCGGGUCGUACGUAUGCAAGUGUUACCCGAGCUACACGCUGAUGGACGACAGGAAGACAUGCGCCCAAAUUACGUCCGAGGACGAGAACGAGAUCCCGUUGGAUAACACACUGUCGGACUGUCGCAUCGGUUACGAGAAGGACCAACGAAACGGCGAAUGCGUCGACGUUGACGAGUGUGAAACCGGCGAGGCUGCCUGUGACGCCCAGCUGCAGGUUUGUAUGAACGUCGAGGGCAGCUACAAAUGUUUGGACAUCCAGGAGGUCAAAUGUGAGGCAGGUUUUCGGUAUGACCGCAAAACUGGCAAAUGUGAAGAUAUUAAUGAGUGCUUUGAGCUGACUGACGCUUGCAAUAGGGAAAGCCAGCAUUGCUUGAAUGGGCGCGGAAACUACACCUGCCAGAACAAGGCGGUGGGAAAGUGCUUGCCAGGGUUCAUCUACGACACCGCCAGCAAGUCAUGCGAAGACAUUGACGAGUGCGAGGACAGCUCGGCCUGUGACGAGGGCUUCCAGUGUGUCAAUAUUAAGGGCUCGUACGACUGUAUUACCGUUGUGAAAAACUACCCACUUCCGACACCUGCUCCGAAGAAGAAAGUCGAAUCCUGUGCACCAGGCUUCCGGCGUCACAACGACCAGUGUGUAGAUAUUGACGAGUGCUCCGCGGACAAGUACGCCUGUGACAGCAACCAGGUGUGCACGAAUGAAAUUGGCGGUUUUCGGUGCGAUUGCAAGAUUGGCUUCAUGCUUGACCAGGUGACCAAUGCGUGCAUGGAUAUCAACGAGUGCCAGAUAAACGCUCACGAGUGUCUGGAGAGCCAACGGUGUGACAACACGAUAGGGUCGUACACGUGCAUCCGGUUGCAGAGCUGUGGCACCGGUUACACGUUGAACGCCGAAACCGGAAACUGCGACGACGAUGACGAGUGCGCCCUGGGACGUCACAACUGUAUGGCCCCGUACGAGUGCUUCAACACGAAGGGAUCGUUCCGAUGUCGGCAAAGGUCCAGGUAUGCCCCGGCCGUCGUCGUAAGCAGUCAAACCACGACCGGCAACAGCAUCAUCACCACAACCACUACAACUUCCACUCCUCGUCCUGUUUAUUACACGCAACCACCCAGGACGCAGCCACAGUACGGUCCGGUGUAUCAACCGACCAACCAGGGCCAACAGGUUGAAUAUAACCGCUACCUGGGGUCGUGUGGAAUCGGUUUCGAGCGAAACGCCCUUGGGGCUUGCGUUGACAUUGACGAAUGUGCGCGGGAAAAUGUGUGUCGCCCCAACCAGCGGUGUGUAAACGGUAAUGGGUCGUACCGGUGCCACGAUUUGCUGAUCUGCCCCAACGGCUUUACCGCCAACAACGACGGAACGGAAUGUUUGGACGUGGACGAGUGCCUAACCGGGGAGGCCAAGUGCGGCCCGGACCAGGUGUGCAAGAACAAGCGCGGCGGCUACGUGUGUCUGUGUCCGGCGGGGCACAUAAUCGGCCGGAACCACCGGUGCGAGGACGUGAACGAGUGCGACCUGCACAAGGGCAAGGUGUGCCCGCAGAACUCGGAGUGCAUCAACACGGUCGGCUCGUACCAGUGCGACUGCAAGGACGGCUUCCGGAAGUCCCGCCCGGAGGAUCUGAUCUGCACGGACGUGGACGAGUGCAGCGAGAUUCCGGGGCUGUGCCACCAGCGGUGCAUAAACUACUGGGGCUCGUACCGGUGCGGUUGCGAGCCGGGCUACAAGCUGGCCAGCGACAACCGAACCUGCGACGACGUGGACGAGUGCGAUGAGUACAAAUCCAAUAACCUGUGCGUUGGGUUCUGCGAGAAUACGCCGGGCUCGUACGGCUGCCGGUGUCCGCCGGGGUACAAGCUCGGCCACGACGGUCGCAGUUGCAUAGAUAUCGACGAGUGUGAGCCGCGGGACGUGUGUAAUGGUCGUAACGAGAUCUGUACCAACAUCCGAGGCAGUUACCGGUGUACCCGCAUAAACUGCCCGCACGAAUACGAAAUCGACCCCGAUAGGUCCAAUCGCUGCAGACGGACCACCAAAUACUGCAACCCGGGGGACACCGAGUGUCUGCGGAAGCCAACGUCCUACUCGUACAAUUUCAUAACGCUGGUCUCGAACAUGCCGGUGCCUCCGUCGGGACGUGCCCUGUUCAACCUGCGAGGACCGGCGUGGUACGAGGCAAUCGACUUUGAUCUGAAGCUGCUCUCGGUUGAUGCCCCACCGAACGUCCGACCGGUGGAUCAGCGCUUUUUCAGCUUGAACAAACUGUCCAACGAAGUGCUGCUGAACCUGGUCAAGAGCAUCGAAGGGCCGCAGGACAUUGAGCUCGAGCUGAGCAUGACGGUGUUCAAGGACGGCCAACCGUACGGAUCCAAUAUUGCCAAGCUGUUUCUGAUGAUUUCAGCAUAUGAAUUCUAAUGAGUCGAGUCGAGUCGAGUGCGAUGUCGGGUGGUGCUCCUUUUUACUGUUGUCGUACAAAAUAAAAGCUCAACGUGGCCCACCGGCCAGUGCAGCGCUUUGGGGGAUUCUGUGUUUCUUUCGUUAUGUUUGAUUCAUUACCAUUUUUAUGGAGCAUCGCUUUAUGUUUUCAGCUGCCUGUGUGGGAGUUGAUUAAUUG